ACACGGGAGKAUGGCUGGGCCCUGGCUCGCUGCGUGCGGUGCGCUGAGUGUGCGCUCGCUGUGUGUGGUGUCUUGCCCCUUAACGGCAAGUGAAGCUCCGUGCUGGAGUGAUCCUGUCAGGAGUGUGAGAGRAAGGCUUUUAGGUUCUCUUUUUAGCUGAUCCAGUAUUCUCGUUAUUUUUUAACGUAGUCAAUAGUUUGGUAGUUGUGAUGGAAGGGGGAAAGAACUAUAUGGUUUACUUUCUUCUUUCCUCAGCGGUGUCUGAGUGUUUUCCCGGUAGGCAAAAAUUGAUAAAAUGUUCUCAUGUUCCCUUUUAGCACAAAUAUAUGGGUAUUUGUGAAAUAACUUCUAUUUAUCUGGGCUUACCAAGAUACCACAUUUUGGAUUCUGUGAAGUACCUUGACUCACAGGAAAAACUGAGGUUUCCUGGUGUAUAUGGUUCCCUUUUAUCAAUAAUUUGGAUAAUUCCACUGUGCUGCAGGCUGAGAGUUCAGCCUCUUCAUCUCCUGCAUGCUUUAUGUGAUUUGCAAUUGAUCCCAUAAGUUUCCAGAACAAACAAGGCCAUUUUCCAUUGAUAAUUAGUGAUUGCAAAGAAAAUGUUUUAAAUAACAUCCUAACACUGUGAAAUUAAUUUUUAAAGGCUAUUUUGUUGACUCAGGGAAAACAGAAAUCCAGGAAUCUCUAUAAAUGGGUUUUACCACUACCUCAAAAUAUAUUUUACAGGUUAAAUUAAUUAUUUGCGCAGCAGAGCUUCUUGCAGAAGGACCACCAUACUGGUUUGCUCUUAGGAAAAUAUGAAAAUAAUCAGGGAGUGUUUUUCUCUCUGAACUAAAAACAAAUAAAUCUGUGCCUUGCUGAGGACAGCUGCAGGAGUUGGACACUUGAAUCAAUGUUAUCGGAUGAGUUAGAAUCCAAACCUGAGCUGCUGGUUCAGUUUGUCCAAAAUACUUCUAUUCCACUGGGACAAGGACUGGUGGAAUCUGAACCAAAAGACAUCACCUGUCUCUCUCUGCUUCCGGUUACUGAGACCUCAGAAUGCAACAGACUCAUGUUGCCAGAUGAUGAACGAGAUCUCACUUCUCCAAGUCACACUAAUUCUUCCAAAGAUGUUUCUUCAUCUGCUGUCUUGAGAAGUCUCCAGGUAAAUGUAGGCCCUGAUGGAGAGGAAACAAGGGCACAGAAUGUACAGAAACCAUCUGAACUUCUGUCAACUCCAGAAACUUCUAGUUUAUUGCAAGACCUCCAGCCCAGCGACAGCACUUCAUUCAUUCUUCUCAACCUAACAAGAGCAGGGCUGGGGUCUCCUGCAGAGCACUUGGUGUUUGUUCAAGAUGAAGCAGAAGAUUCUGGCAAUGACUUUCUUUCCCAUGAUAGCACAGACAGCAGUACCCCAUGGUUUCUACGAGUGCAAGAAUUGGCCCACGACAGUUUAAUUGCUGCCACUCGGGCACAGCUUGCAAAGAAUGCCAAAGCAAGCAAUAAUGGUGAAAAUGUUCAUCUUUGCACAGGAGAUGGGCAGCCAAAAGACUCAAGCCCCAUUCCUCACUUAUCUCGCGUGGAAAGGAAGCUGAAGUGCACAGUUGAGGGCUGUGAUCGUACGUUUGUGUGGCCAGCUCACUUCAAAUAUCAUCUGAAAACACACCGAAAUGACCGCUCCUUCACCUGCCCAGCAGAAGGCUGUGGAAAAAGUUUCUAUGUCUUGCAGAGGCUGAAGGUGCACAUGAGAACUCACAAUGGUGAAAAACCCUUUGUGUGCACAGAACUGGGCUGUGGCAAACAGUUCACAACAGCUGGAAAUCUGAAGAACCACCUAAGAAUUCACACUGGGGAAAAACCCUUUCUGUGUCAGGCACAGGGAUGUGGUCGCUCUUUUGCUGAAUACUCCAGCCUUCGGAAACAUUUGGUUGUCCACUCAGGAGUGAAGCCACAUCAGUGCCAAAUUUGUGGGAAGACAUUUUCCCAGAGUGGUAGCAGAAAUGUACAUAUGAGGAAACACCACUCCCGAAUUGGAACAGCUGGCAGCAGGGAACGAGAACAGCCAGAGUCACUGAUGGGCAGCAGUUUGCUUGAAGAAUCGACAGUGCAUAGUAAGAAUCUCAUCUCCAUGAACUCUCAGCCCAGCCUUGGUGUUGAGUCUCUACACCUGCCAGACACUGAGUCAAUUAUUGGCGUAGAGGAGGGUGAGACCAGCUGCUCUUUUUUCCGCCCUCUUAUAUGUGGUGACUGAGAUGGGAUCGCUCAUUCCUCCUAGGGGCUCACCAUAUUGCAGUGGGAUGAAUGAACAUUGCUUUAACUGYGCACAGAGGGGUGGGUAGAUAUUGGAUGAAUCGUAAAACAGGAGUUGGAGAAGAUCUGCUGGACCAAGUUUCUCUCUUGCAGAGCUUAAAAGGUGAAGUCUGCUGCUUAGGUGUCACUUARCCCAUGUUGUGGAACGCCAUUUCAGAACUGCUUAUGCAGUCCAUCUCCUAAAGCCUAAAGUGUUUGUUUUGCUGGAGCACCUAGGAGCCCCAGCUAAGGACCAGGACCUCAUUGUGCUAGGCACUGUUCAAGUAUUCAGUAUUUUGAGCAACAGGCCUUUCUUCCACCUUUUACCUUCAGAGACUAUAUUCUAAUACAUCUCACUGUCAGAAAGUUGACUUACUAUAUGAAAUAAAUGUACUACUUGAUAUCAUUUGGUUA